GAAGCUGCCUUCCCCGCUCUCCAAGUCUCUCUUAACUGUAUAGGGUUUUUGACAAUCCUCCCCCGGUAUAAACCGAUUGUAACUGUUACAAUUCAAUCAAAUUAUGAGAACUCGAAAUACAGGCGCAACACCGAAGAAGACGCCGCCGGCGAAGAAAACAUCCUUAAAAUCACAAUCCACGCCCAGCUCCGCCGAGUCCGCAGCAUUGGCUGAAGCUCCGGCGACGUCGACCUUACCACCCAAGUCCUCCGAAGCGAGACCUAGCCCCGCCCUCAAAGGACAGCAAACUAAGCCCGUCGAGACCAUAAGCGCUCCCGUAACCACCGCCCUGCCUACGCAGGAACCAGCAUCAGCAGUUGAAGGAGCAAAAGCAACGAAUGAUGGUGCUGUUCAGGUGACAGGGGAAAGUAAACCUGCUUCGGGGACGAAAACUACUAAAAGAGUUGUAAAGAGGAUCAUAAGAAGAACUGUUGCUAGACCAGCUUCUCGACUGAAGAAAAGGUCUGGGGAAGCUGAAAAUGCAAUAGCUGAUGAAUCCAAGAAGGAGAAUGAUGUCUUAGAUGCUGCAAAUAGAGGACCAGUGGCAAAGGGUGCUGAGACUGCUAAAAAUGAUGGAAUUAGCCUUGGAAAUAUUGACAGACCAGUAAUAAGCGUAGGACCAAACGUUGACAAAGUUGAGGGAGUUGAUGAGGAGAAAAUUUUUUUGCAUGUUGAAGAGUCAUUGAAGAACAAGGCAGAAGAAUCAGUCACGGAAAGUGCACCAUUUGAUCAGAAAGAACAGGGAUCGACUUCUGUAGAUUCUGAACAUUUUGAGGACGAUGUACCUACUAAACCAAAUGAGAAAGAGAAUAUGAUAGACCAACAAGAGGAGCAGGAGAAACUUAUUGAGGAUAAAGUGGAGAACAUGACUGAGGAAGAUAAAAUGGAGGAAGACCCCAAAGAAGAGAUGACUGACUUUGAUGGUCUUUUAGCAGAAGCAGAUGAUGACAGAUCAGAGGCUGAUCAAGAGAUUCAUGAUGAACUUGGCCAAGAAGAGUUUGCUGAAGAUGACAGGAUAGGGCAAGGUGAAGAAGCUUUGGAAGAGGAGCGUGCGGAACUAAAUGCUGCUGCAAAGGAGCGUAAGUUGAGGAAAGAGCUUGAGAUUUUUGUUGGUGGGUUGGAUCGUGAUGUUACCGAAGAAGAUCUUAAGAGGGUGUUUAAAUAUGCUGGAGAGGUGGUUGAUGUCCGCCUACACAAGGAUCCCUCCACCAACAAGAAUAAGGGUUAUGCAUUUGUCAGGUUUUCAACUAAGGAAGAAGCAAACAGGGCUUUGUCGGAAAUGAAAAACCCUGUUAUACGUGGGAAGCGAUGUGGGACUGCUCCAAGUGAGGACAAUGAUACGUUGUUUGUUGGCAAUAUUUGCAAUACAUGGACAAAAGAAGCUAUAAAAGACAAGCUGAAGGAGUAUGGCAUAGAAAGUGUUGAAAGCAUCACUCUUGUGGCAGAUCCCAAACACGAAGGGCUGAGUCGCGGUUUUGCAUUUCUUGAGUUUUCUUGUCAUGCAGAAGCUAUGCUGGCAUACAAGAGACUUCAAAAGCCUGAUGCUAUUUUUGGCCAUGCUGAGAGAACUGCUAAGGUGGCUUUUGCUGAACCUCUGCGUGAGCCAGACCCAGCAGUGAUGGCCCAGGUUAAAUCAGUAUUUGUUGAUGGGCUUCCUCCUUAUUGGGAUGAAGAUCGAGUUAGAGAGACAUUUAGACGUUUUGGGGAGAUUGCACGUGUAAUGCUAGCUCGUAAUAUGUCUACAGCCAAGAGGAAGGAUUUCGGGUUUGUUGAUUUCACUACACAUGAAGCUGCUGUUUCAUGCACUGAGGAAGUAAACAACAUGGAACUGGGUGAUGGAAACUCAAAGGCAAAAGUAAGAGCAAGACUUUCAAAUCCGUUGCCUAAAACUCAGGCAGUAAAAGGCAGUAUGUCUGGAGGUUUUAGAAUAGCUCGAAGCAGUGGCGGGACUUUCCCCAGAUUUGGAAGGGGUUUUGGUCGAGGUGGUCAUGCCUUCGAUCGACCAAGCUUCCAGCAUGGCAGGGGUUUUUAUCCACGUGGACCUGGACGUGGUGGUAGAAUUGGUUCUCUAAAUGAUCGUGAACUUGAUAAUGAAUAUCCCUUGCAUGGAAGGCAAAGCUUUGCGCAUGGAGGAAGGUGGGGUUUCAGGCCUCAACAAGGAUAUAGUGGAGGUCCGCUGCCACGUCGGCCUGACAUGGAUAGAAGUAGACAUGGUGGCCAUGGUGUUCAUGAUCCACUGAGGAGGCAGCCUUUCCCUCCAGAGGAAGGAUUCAAUGAGCCAUAUUUUCGAAGACACUUUGAUGACCCCUAUUAUUAUGAUGACCCUGCCCAUGGAAUUAAACGACCGUAUUUUAUGACAGAUCAGGAUCCAGAUUAUGUGGAGCCAAGCACUCGUCGCCCUCGGUUUGAGUAUCCUGACGCUUCAGCUUCUUUUCAUGGAAGUCGUUACCGAGGUGGGUUUGAAGCUGAUCGUGGGCCUUAUCGACAAGAUUACUAUGGCUCUGAUCAUGGUGCAGGAGCAUAUCCAUCAUUUUAUGGAGGUGAUCGUCCAUAUGGACGUGGAUAUUACUAUUAGACAUGAUGAACUUUAGGUCUAGUUCGUACGGCUGCUGCUGGGAUGUGAUUCUGUUUUCUACUUUUUCCUCUCUCUCUCUCUCUCCCUCCCCGUUUUUGCUGUAUCAUCUGGUCUCUUGUCUCUCUACCUCUUACCAAUCCUGGUUGUCAUAUAAUAUUUGGUCUUAGAUUGUCAGCCAUGUCUCUUGGAUGGACGUUUGUAGAUACUGGUACUCAGUUUCUAAGUUGGAGACUUAAAUAGGUAUGAGCUCCUUUUUUUCUAGGUGGAAGCAGUUUGGGGAGUUAGCAGUCCAGAUGAGGAAGACACUUGCUUUCCUUGUUAGUAAUAACCCUUUUAUGGACAAAAAGUACAUGUUUUGAUUCUGUUUCAAGGGAAUAAGUUGGGCAUGCUAUUGUCCUUUGAGGUGAUAAAGAUUCAGCUCAAGUUAUUUUAUUUAUGGUUGUUGCAUAAUGCUGCAAUGAUGAUGUUAAGUUGACAACUUGGUGGAGAUCACCUUGAUGGCAUAUUUUAGUUCAACUUGUAGGUUUUGAUUUUAUGUUUCUGUAACUCAAGUAUAGAUCUUUUCUAAGCUGUAAUUUGAGCUUAAACACUUUAUUACUAUAUUAUGGAGAAGGAAUAUAUUUUCUCUGGCAUUUUGUGGUUUUUUUGGGUAAAUGUGAGGUGCUGCUGAGUUUGAUUAUGAACGUCUAUAUUCAGGUAAACUAUGCCUUUGACAGGAGUUGUUUUCUAUUGGUGAUAAAACUUAUACCGCAAUGACGGAUUUAUCAUGUAUAGACGUUCUUAAAAGUGUCAGUGGAUUGAAGCAACAAUUAUGUAGGCAUUGACACUCUCUUAGUCGAUCAUUGUGGAGUUUUCUACCUCUUUGGAGAUACAUGAUAUGUGAUGAUUUUAUAUUACCUUACCAAUUGUAUCAGAGGUUAAAAGAUUACAUAAGUCAAGCCUAUUUAUAAGAGCAUGAUUUAUGACUCUGAAUAACCAUGCAGUAUUCUUUUAAUCAGAUCCAGUUUCUUCUGUAGCUUUGAAAAGGAUAUGAGUUGGACUUUGUGAUUUGCUGGUUACGAUAUGCUAUGGUUAUAUAUGUAAUAGAAUUUUGCUAGGCUUGAGUGCACUACAUUUUCUUGGUUAAAAGGCAUGAAGGUCUAAACUUAAGAUGCGGUUACUGCCUCUUUGUAGCUAAAGCUUUAUUAGUGAUUAUCAUAUCAAAUUCCUGCUACUAAGUAGUUUUGAUGCUUACGUAAACUAGUAAGUUUAGCAGGUAUCAGUGCCCAGUAUCCCACAUUCAACUCAUUUUGAGGUUAAGUAAUCAUAUGAUAAAUGAUUGAGGUUUUUUGGCUUUUAAGUUUCCCCCUGAUGGAUGGGCAUUUGGUGCUACCGUUAGUGUACAAAGGGAAUGCUUUGAUGUAGGGUUUAAUAUGAGAUUGGGAAAACUAUUAGACUCUGAAGUUUGAUAGCAAAACAAACAUGAAUUGUAGGAGUCAGAUACUGGAUGGAUGUAUGAUUAGUCUUUCAUGAAUGCACAAAGUCUCAUAGAGACAGAAAUAGUUACUUCGAUGUAAAAACCUAUCAUCCAAGAGUUUUAUAGAAGAUUGAAAUGCGUAGUCUCACAUGCAACUCAUAUUGAGGUUAAAUGGUUAUAUUGUAAAUGAUUGAGGAUGCUCUUUGCUUUUCUUUUUUUUUUUCCUUUUUUUUCCCUGUUCUACGUGGAUGAGCAUUUGGUGCUGUCUGAAGGGAAUGCUUUGUUAUCUUGCGAACAUAGGUUUUUUUUUAUUUUUUUAUCAGAUUGUGGUAAUUGUUAAAUUAUGAAGUUCAAUGUCAAAACAAACAUGAGUGGUUGGAAAUAGAUACUUGAUUGAUGUUGCAUAAGUCGACAAUGUCCUGUAGUCGACAUUAAUAGCUACUUUGAAGAAGAAAAAUUUGUUAUCCAGACGGAUUACCUGUAGGAACCGUAGUUUUUAUCGAAGAUUAAAACUGGAGAAAGAUCCUGUUUCUA